AUGCUAAUCUCCGAUCCACAAAUGCGUCCUCAUAUCAAAAAAGUGCGCACCAUGGUCAAUGCUAAUCUUCGCUCCACUGGAAAGGGAUCACUUGUUGAUCAGAUGAUGAAAAUGAUGGAAGAGUAUACAAGCAAUCUCGAAAAUAUGGUUCGUGAUCGUACUGCUCUGCUCGAAGAGGCUCAAAAACAAGCAGAUCGUCUCCUGAACAGCAUGCUUCCCAAGAGUAUCGCCGAAGAUCUCAAAGUUGGCAAGCCAGUUUUACCUCAACUGUAUCAGUGCGCAACCGUUCUUUUCUCCGAUAUUCGAGGUAAGAGUAUCGCCGAAGAUCUCAAAGUGGGCAAGCCAGUUUUACCUCAACUGUAUCAGUGCGCAACCGUUCUUUUCUCCGAUAUUCGAGGUAAGAUGUUUUUGACGGGAUUGCCACAUCAUUAUUCAAAUUCGUUAUCACUUCUCUUAUCGCUAAAGAAAUCUUGUUUGAAAUGUAAGACCGUGGAUUUCAAUCCUUAUCUCGCAGUUGCUUUUUUCGCUCUGCAUCCUCCUUAUUUACAAUGAAG